AUUUUGCACCGGUGCUGAAGAACAACCCCACAGAACCUGUUUUCUCCUCACAGAAGUCCUGAGUGGAUUAGUUUAAACUGAAGAGGGGAAGUAAAGCAGUCAAAUUAAAGUAAAAGCUGUGUAAAGUGUAAAGUUUAUAGAGUUCCUGUGUAAACAGCCUGUAACCCACCAGGAGCUCCGUGCUGCAGACCCUGAGGGAUAAAGCUAUGGGAAAAACCUUAUAUCUGCUCCUCACUGCCUUUAUAUUCGCUCCAGUUCACACAGAUGCUGCAUCGUGCAGAAUCAGGGAUUUCCAGUGUGGCAAUGGCAAGUGUAUAAUAUUGAGGUGGAUGUGUGAUGGUGCAGAUGACUGUGGUGACGGCACUGAUGAACUCCCUUCUGCCUGCUUGACAAGGACAUGCAGAACCAGCGAGUUCAGCUGUGGAGGACGACUAAACCAGUGCAUCCCCAACAGCUGGAAGUGUGACAGCCAUGCCGACUGUGAGAACGGAGCGGAUGAGGUCGGCUGUGGUACCAAGCACUGUCUGAGUGGCGAAUUCCGCUGUGCCAGUGGGCAGUGCGUUUCACGGGCGUUUGUCUGUGAUGAAGAGGCAGACUGUCAAGAUGGCAGCGAUGAGGCCCAAUGCUUACCUACCACCUGUAGCUCCAGCUCCUUCCACUGCAAUAACUCAGCCUGUAUCCCUCGCCUCUGGGCCUGUGAUGGAGAUACAGAUUGCGGCGAUGGUUCUGAUGAGUGGCCGCAGAACUGCGGGGCUCAGUCUACAGUACCUCCCGAGAGGAGCAGGCACUGCGCUGUUCAGGAGUUCCACUGCGGCAGUGGAGAAUGUAUUCAUAACAGCUGGAGAUGUGAUGGGGACCCUGACUGCCUGGACCGAUCAGAUGAGAAAAACUGCACCGUUUCUACCUGCCAGCCAGACGAGUUUCGGUGUGGUGAUGGAUCGUGUAUUCACGGCAGCCGCCAGUGCAACCAGGUGUAUGACUGUAAGGACAUGUCUGAUGAGCUGGGUUGUGUUAAUGCAUCCCAUUGUGAAGCACCGUCCAGGUUUAAGUGCCACAGCGGUGAAUGUAUUAGCAUGGAGCAGGUUUGCAACAAGCAGCGCGACUGUAGGGACUGGUCGGAUGAGCCGCUGCGCGAGUGUGAUUCUAACGAGUGUAUGUACAACAAUGGCGGCUGCUCUCAUGUCUGUAAUGACCUGAAGAUUGGCUAUGAAUGCUUGUGUCCCAGUGGAUUUCGCUUAGUGGACAAGAAACGCUGUGAAGACAUUGAUGAGUGUGCCAACCCAGACACCUGCAGCCAAAUCUGUAUAAACCAGGUGGGCAGCUACAAGUGUGAGUGUGAGGAGGGCUACCAAAUAGACCCAGCAACCAAAGCCUGCAAAGCUAUUGGAACUAUCGCUUACCUGUUCUUCACCAACCGGCACGAAGUGAGGAAGAUGACGCUGGAUCGUAGCGAAUACACACGGGUCAUCUCUCGCUUGAAGAACGCAGUUGCGUUAGACAUGAACAUUGCCACUAAGGAGAUCUUCUGGUGUGACCUGUCCCUCAAAAAGAUUUACAGAGCCUCCAUGGAUUCAGCAGCAGACUCCUCCCAGCACAACAUUGUGAUCGGUAGUGGUGUGGAUGCGCCUGAGGGGAUCGCUGUGGACUGGAUCCACGGCAAUAUCUACUGGACAGACAGCAUUCGUGGCACAAUCUCCGUAGCGACAGCAGAUGGGAGGAAGCGCAAGACGCUCUUCAAAAAAGACCUGGCCAAGCCAAGAGCUAUUGUGGUCGACCCACUAAAAAACUUUGUUUACUGGACUGACUGGGGGACCCCAGCUAAGAUUGAGAGGGGUGGCCUGAAUGGAGUGGACCGCAGUGCCCUAGUGACCGAUAACAUUGUCUGGCCCAAUGGGAUCACUCUCGAUCUGUUGAACCAGCGCCUGUACUGGGUGGACUCCAAACUGCACACCCUCUCCAGUAUUGAUGUGCAGGGAGGCAGUCGCCGCACCCUCAUUGUAGACCACGGCAGACUGGCCCACCCACUGAGCCUCACGGUUUUUGAGGAGAAAGUGUUCUGGACUGAUGUUAGCAACAAUGCUAUCCUGAGUGCUAAUCGUGUGACAGGAGGAGACAUCACCAAAGUGGCAGAGCAUCUCUCGUCUCCAGAGGAUAUUGUGCUGUUCCACAACCUUAAACAACCUAGAGCUACUAACUGGUGCACAUUUGCCAAUGGUGGAUGCGAGUUCCUGUGCCUGGCUGCCCCACAAGUCAACAGAUUCUCACCCAAGUACACUUGUGCCUGCCCUGACAACAUGAUGCUGGACACGACUAUGAGGAAGUGUGUGCCUGCUGUGCCAACAACAGUGCCAACAACUGCAAUGCCACCUGUGCAGCCUGAAGCUUCUACAACAGUUCACACAGCUACUGUACCAAAACCUUCUGCUACCGAAACCUCAGCUCCACACAUCACCACUCAAAGGCCUGUUGUUCACAUUGAGACCACACCAGCUGGCAAAGACAAUACUCUAACACACACCACUCCAACUGUAGUGUCCACACAGACAGAUGACCACAGUGGUGUCGUUGCAGCCAUUGCCAAGACAACAUCUCCAGCAUCAAUGGCUCUAUAUAUUACAUUACCUAUAGGAGUGUUGUGUCUGCUUGGCAUUGCUGGUGUGCUUUUGUGGAGGGCCUGGAAGCUAAAAAACACCAACAGCAUUCACUUUGAUAACCCAGUCUACCAAAAGACCACAGAGGACAAGGUUCAUAUAUGCAGAAACUUCAACUCUGAUGGCUACUCCUACCCACCUCGGCAGGUUGUCAGUCUUGAUGACGAGAUAUGAACUAACAUCAAAGGAAAGGCUGGCUGCAGAAAGAGAUACUGUGUCAGGUCCAGAAGAGAGCUACAAAUGAUGUCUUUUGUCUUUUGUGCUUGGAUGACUUCGGCGGAUGAAUAUUCAAGUGAACAUUCAAUGGAGAAAAAACACAGAACCACUUUGUUUCACCAGCAAGAGACAACAAGAGUUCCAGGCACAAAGCAGGGUCGUCCAUCCUGGAAGCUUCUAGUAAGCCCAAAGAAAAAACAACCUAACCUCAGACAACAUCAACCUCUCCUAGAGCACUUAUCAUUGUCUUAGGCAAUGUUCACACAGCUGCCAAAAGUGGCCCAAAUCCAAUUAAUUUGUAUGGUAACGUGAACAGCAAAAAAACACACUAAAUCUGGUAUUUUUAUAUAUAUUUGAUAGUUUGAUAAUCUGAUUUGGACAGUCGCAGCAGUCUGACUCUGUUGGGAAAAUAGAUGACAGCAGUGAGGGAGGGGUUCAGUAAAGUAUGGUGAGGUAACAGAUGUUUAAAUAAAACCAAGCAUAUAAAAAAAAGCAAUGCUGAAACCGAAACUUGAUGUGAAGCGUUACCCUUUUUUUUAGACAUCUAAUAUUCAAAUAUCUGAUACUCUGUAGGUCACAUUAAAAAGUUUGUGUGAACAUCAUAAAAUAAACAUCAGAUUUGGUUAGAUUUGGGCCACUUUCACCAGCUGUGUUAACAUCUUAGUCUUAGUCUUUGUUUUGAUCUUUUGUAAUUAAUCUCCUAUUUUUGGGAUUUUUUAAAGAAAAAUGCAAUUACAGGGAUGUUAAAUAGUAUAUGGUGUUUAAAUUCAUAGUAUUGUUAGGUACGGUAUUGUCAGAUAUUGUAAAUAUUUUUCUUUUAUUAUAUUUUUAGGGCUUUUUUUUGUUUUGUUUUUUUACUUUAUAUGAUCAUAUCAGACUCUCAGGACAUACAACAAAAGCCUGAUAUGAAGCUCUACCUAAAAGACCAAUUCUUCACAUCAGAUGUACUUUCAAACUGAGCUUUGCUUAUGUAACCCUACAAGAACCACAGAUGAUCAAUAACACAAAGUCUAUAAAUUGCACCAAAUGAUACAAGGUAGUUCACAAUGUUCCACCUUGAAACACCUGGAAACAAACCAGUGUCAAUAUCAUAGGUUUUAACUGCAGACCACUGAGAUCUAAAUUUAACAGAAAAAUAUUUUAACACCACUCUUAAAACCAAGGAAAAGUUCACAUUCAGAUAAGAUUUAGAUGCUUUUUUUCAAGAGAAAAAUGUUAAUGGCUAUAGAACCACUCUUGCAUCCCAUUAAUGCAUUACCAACAUGCUUAUGGAAUGCAUUACUCCGAAGAACCCUUUUUUGCACCAUAUUUUUUUAAAAUUAGAACAAAAAAAAUAGACACCAAAGUGGCUGUGAUAAUGUGUGCAAAUCAUCAUUGGUCAAAGUUUUUUUUAUAGUUGAUUCUGUGUGUGAUAAUAUGUUCAGUCAUUGUUGAUACUAGUUAAAUCUAGUGUCAAUAUAGUGUUUAAGAGUUCAUUAUAAGAAUGUGAAUAGCUGCUAGUUCAGUUUUGUCAUGGACAAGUGGGAAUAAGAGAGAUAAGGGUUUGAAUGUUACUUGAAAGCUACAAGACAAAAUCGCUGUAUUAGGAUUAUAUUUGGAUUAUAUACACACACAAUAUACAUUUACACCAGUUACACAUCCUAUCUCUCAAACAAUUUACUUCAGGAGAUGAUCUGAGAUCUGUUUGAGCCAGUGUAAACACGUUCAUCUAACCACGACACAUUCAACAGCCGAAAAUCCUCCCGGUGCAACCAAAACACCACUAAUAACAUCCACACAAUGAGCAAAUUAGCAUGUUUGCCAAAAGACCAGUAAUAAUUGAGGUCCAACAAUUAAUUUUUCUUUGUUUCUUUAAUACAGCAAUCAACUUUGACUGCCAAAGACCCUGUUUUCACCUGGUCACUUCAUGUAAAUAGUAUUUGGAUUAAAUUCUGAUAAGAUUUUAAACACAUGCAUCUAGUUAGACGGACUGACAUCUAAUUAAUGUCUGAUUGUAAAAAUCGUCAGUUUGUAUAAAUUUAACCAGUCAGGUUGUAAGUAGCAGUAUACAAGAGUUAUACAAGUGUUUCAGUUUAGUUCUGCAGCACUGAGGCUGUAUCAGUAUUAGCAUUAGCUGCUAAUCGCUAGCUCUUUCACCAUUUAGUAGUGAGUAUUAUCAAACUGUAGCCUGCUGCUAAUCCCGGCUAGCACAGAGGCUGGAGCAGUAUUAGCAUUAGCCGCUAAGCAUGCUAAGCGCUAGCUCUUUAACUGUUCAGAGGUGAGUAUUAUAUAGCUACUACUAAUAUUGCCCUGGCUUACCAGAACACUCAGGGUUCCUCAGUUUAACGCUGUCCGGGGACAUUAGCAAUGUUGCUGCGUAAAAAUCUGGAAAUCUAAGCUUACUGUAAAUAAAUAAAAGCACUUUACUGAGUUUUCAGGAGAGAAAUAUGUGUAGAUUAACAUCCAGCGCUUGUUUGACUUUGAAAGAAAGUUUUUUUUUUUUUUUAUUACAGUUUUGUUUACUUCACCCAGCGGUGAGACCUGCUAAAUUAGAAGGGAAACAUGGCAUAAUACAGUACCAUUUGGGAUGGAGUAUGCAGAUUUGCCCAUUGCACCUCAGUUAUUAUUAGUGUUUUUGUUGUACUUGGAGGGUAUUUUGUUAUCUAAUGCUAUAAUAUGUGGCUCAAAAGCUUCUCAGAUCACUUACUGAAGUUGUUUGUUUGAGUGAGUGGAUUUGUCACUUUUUAAAAUAAGAUUUUGGUGCGUUUACUCUUGAAAGCUGUUUGGACUUAUCCAGAUAUAAUCCUGAUACUCAAGAUGCUCAAGAAGCUGUAUGCAUUAUAUAAAUAUACUUAAAAGCCUUGCUGUUGCUGUAUCCAUUUUACAUGCUCUUUUUCAUUUUGUACUGAUUAUUACUUUAAAGCUCAGCAGUUAAAGUAAGGGUACCUUCUGUCUUUUUCAGAAGUUAUAGCUGUAUCUUUUUUAUACUGUAUAUUUUUUUGUUUUAAUGAAUGACUUUCUGAACAACAUGCUUUACCAAAUCUGCAACAUAUCAUUGCAAACUGCUUGCAAAGACUGUCAUUCAGAUUCCUGCGUGGUUUUAAAUCAUAGCGACUGUCUUUCUGGCCUCAUUUUGGGUCAGUGACAGUGAGAGUGGGAAAGAGAUGUUUGCAUUUACAACUAGGAGCAAAGAUCAAAAAUGAAACGAGCAGAACUGGACGAAGGUUUUUUCGUUUUAUUUAUUUUUUUAAACAACUGAAAAUCUGAAAUCAUGUCAAGCUUUAGAGUGAGCCAUUUGUUAAAAUGUGUUAUUCUUUACAUACAAACAAAAUAUAAUAUAACCACUAUUCUAAUGGUUCAAUAGACAGUGUAUGUCAGAUAACGUGCAUUAACUAUAUCAUUCCCCCAUGUCUGGUUAAAGGUCUGUGUGAGGAUGUGUAAAUAUUUUAUUUGUGUCUGUAAAUAUGACUUCAUGUCUUGGGGUCAUUACCCCCGUUUGUACAUUUGAAGUGCUUUGAUGUAUAUAGAUUUUAUUUAUUUUCGAAUCUACAUGUCCUGAUUAUUUUUGUGAAUUUGUGUUCAUGUUGUUAUUUUUCAACAGUUUUAUAUCUUAUCAUAUCUUAUAGCCACUGCAUGUUUUUAAACUGCUGCUAAUGCAGCAUUACUGGACAGCUCAACACGCUUGCAGGUGAACACUAAACUGCCAGUUUGUUAUAUGAGCUGUGCAGUGAUGUUGCAUUAGUGGCAGUGUGUUGGACCACUACGUGUGAUGCCAUAUGUUCUGGCUGAUGUAGGAGUGCACCUAAUGAUUCUCGUGUAUCUUAUGUAUUGAAGAGGUAUGAACACAUUUUUUAAUGAAAGUAUUCAGGAUAUUUCUUACAGUGUACAUAAUGAUGAUUAAAAAAAUAGAAAUAAAUAUGUACAAAACA